GCCAAGCAACACAAUGCUUUCGCCAUAGAGACUCUCCCAGUGGCCAAACGCGCUGCCUCAGGAGCCGACGAGACCAAAACCGGCCGCCUAAGUUGUCAAAGGGAGCGGAUCCCUCGCUCAGAGGAAAGCUGUGGGCGGCGAGUCGCGUGGUGCCCAACAUGGACGAUGGUUUUGCCGAACGCGGCGGCCGUCGGUCAAGUCGCUGGGAAGAGCUGGAUGAGCACGAGGGAUCUAGGAAUGAACAGAGAAGGAGGUAUCGGGAUGAUGAGUCUGGUAAACGCGUUGAUCGGUCUAGGUCACGAGAACGGGAUCACCGACGCCGGUCGAGAACACCAGAGUCAAGGGACCGCAGGUCGCGAUCAAGGGAUCGGGAACGGAGAAGGGAGAGAGAUCGUGACCGCCACCGCGACAGCCGAAGGCAGAGAAGUGAGGAGCGACGCGACAGACGGAAUAGGGAACAUGAUGACGACUGGAAAGAGCGCCGAAGUGGACGCAGCCCCGACAACAGAUCCCGACGAUUACCAGCCCCGCAUGAUGCGGAUGAGCGUUCCAGAUCCGAGCAUGGGCGAAGUCUUAUUCGGCGGGCUGGUCCGUUACCAUCACAGAGUGACUCAUUUGCCAUCAGCAAGGGCGAAGAACCAGAGAAGCCAAAAGAGAAGCCCAACUUUGCAAACUCGGGGCUGCUUGCGGCAGCCUCCAAUACUAUCACGCAAGCUGACGGCACCGCCGUCACCCUCAAGUACCAUGAGCCGCCGGAAGCUAGGAAGCCGCCUCCACGCGACUUGUGGAAGUUGUUUAUAUUCAAGGGCCAAGACAUCAUUGAUACAAUCGAGCUCAGCACGCGGAGUUGUUGGCUAAUUGGCAGAGAUCUCGCGGUCGUCGAUCUUCCUGCUGAGCAUCCGAGCAUCAGCAAGCAGCACGCCGUCAUCCAGUUCCGCUACACGGAGAAGCGCAACGAGUAUGGGGAUAAAAUUGGGCGAGUGAAACCCUACCUGAUCGACCUUGAGAGCGCAAACGGCACAAUGCUCAAUGGCGAGAAAGUCCCCGAGAGCAGAUACUUGGAACUGCGGAACAAGGAUAUGUUGCAGUUCGGCUCGAGCACGCGGGAAUACGUGCUCAUGCUGGCGCCCAGGGAUUGAUCGAACGAGUCAGCGAAACGCUAAGCGCGAUAUCCACCAAAAUUGUGAGCUUGUCAUGGCAAUGACUGCCGCUCUCUCACUGGUUCAUGCAUCCACGAAGCCAUGUCAGCAAUCCUUGAAGGGCUCGUGGUGAGACAGGCCAUCGCAUCGCCAUGGUAUUGCGGCGUAUGUCCGGAUCACAUGGAUACCGUCGCACAGAAGCUCGACUGG